AUGGAGUAUGCUUAUAAUCAUCAUCGAUCGUUCGUUGUUGUCGGCGCAUAUCAGCUGCAAAAGGCGGCUCACCGUUACAUGGGUAUAGCCAAUAUUGUUCCAUACCAAGACCUGGGCAACAGCAACUACGAAAAUGACAUUGCUCUGAUCAAGCUGAAGAAACCGAUUACAUUUUCAAAAGAUGUUGCACCAGUGGCUCUGCCUGACAAGGAUGACACCUUUGGUCCAUCAUCUGAGUGCUGGAUCACUGGCUGGGGGGAAGUGGGAAAUGGUGUUCCACUGAAAGCUCCAGAAACACUUCAGCAGCUCAAGAUUUCCAUCAUCUCUCAGAGUACCUGUAAGGAGAGGCUUUCUCAGAUAGCCUCUAAUACACUAUGCACAAAUGACAGCAAGGGAAGGGGUGCCUGCAAAGGAGACUAUGGUGGUCCACUGGUGUGCCGUAAAGGGGGGAAAUUAGUUCAGGUGGGAGUCAUGAGUUCUGGUGGUUGUGGCCCCAAGGACGGCCCUGGCGUCUGUACUGAGGUUGCAAAGUAUCUGACCUUCAUAAACGACUACAUCCACCGUCCUGGGAAAGCUCCAGCUGAGAUGUGAACUCCUCAGAAACCGACACUGCCCGCUGUACUCAUCUCAUAAGCUGUCUUACUUUUAGCUUCUUUCCUGUAAAGCACUGUCACUCCAUGGUAAUGGUAGCUGACUGUGGCUCAGUUAACAGAUUUCUUUGCAUUAAAGCUUUAAAGCAUCA